AUGUAUUCCACCGUACCUUCAAGCAAUUUGGCGAAUGGGCAAAAACUCAAAAAUAAUAUUAAGGACAUCAAGAGUAUCAAAGAUAGCAAUGUAAAUGUUCCCGAGAAGAAGAGGAUCAAAGUUAAGGCUCCCGAGAAGAAGAGGAUUAAAGUUAAGGUUCCUGAGAAGAAGAUGAUCAAAGUUAAAGUUCCCGAGAAUAAGAUCGACAACAAAAAUAUAAAUAUUGGGAGACUUGAUUGUGAAAUGGUUGGAACUGGACCUAAAGGAAAAAAAUCAGCAUUGGCGAGAGUUUCAAUAGUUAAUUAUCACGGAGUUGUAAUAUUGGAUAAAUAUGUACGUCCAUUGGAAUAUGUCACUGAUUUUAGAACCAAAUAUAGUGGAAUUACACCUUCAUUACUUGUUAAUUCUCAUGACUUUAAGGAAGUUCAAACUGAAGUAGCAAAUAUAAUAAAAGAUCGAAUAGUUAUAGGUCAUGCUCUUCAUAAUGACUUUAAGGCUUUAUGUUUAAGUCAUAAACAUGCAAUGAGACGUGAUACUUCUUUAUUUAAACCAUUUCGUGAAUUAAGUAAAGGGCACUCUCCAUCUUUAAAAUUAUUAGCUCAAGAAUUUCUAGGAAAAUCAAUUCAAGAUGGACCACAUAAUUCUAUUGAAGAUGCGCAAACCUGUAUGAUGUUGUAUAAGAGUUUUAAAAAUCAAUGGGAGGACAUGUUAUUUACAAAAUCGCAUUUACCUUCAAAAAAUCAAACCGCAGAUGUUAAUAAGAAAAUAGUAGAUGUUAGUAAGAAAAUAGUAGAUGUUAAUAAGAAAACAGUAAAUGUUAGUAAGAAAAUAGUAGAUGUUAAUAAGAAAACAAUAAAUGUUAGUAAAAAAAUGGUAAAUGUCAAUAAGAAAAUAGUAAAUGUCAAUAAGAAAAUAGUAAAUGUUAAUAAGAAAAUAGUAAAUGUUAAUAAGAAACAAUUAGAACUAGAAUGGAGUAUAUAA